GUGGGAGCCUCCCCAGCUGCACUUUAUCUCUAAGGCAGGGCCGGGUCCGCGCGCCCUUCGCCGACCGCCCCGUAGGGCUGGCCGGGCCUGAGCCCGGGGGUCGGGGUCCGGAGAGUCGAGGUCCGGAUGCAGAGGCGGGGGCUCGAGUCCAGGUCCAGAGGGCGGGGAUGGGAUCGGGGGUCCAGGACCGGAGGGCGGGGGCGGGGCGGGGUCAGGGAAGGCGGGGUCCAGAGGCGCCGGCUUUGGUCCGGGUCAAGGGUCCAGGAUAGGAGGUCGGGGUCAGGGAUCGGAGGGCGGGAUUAGGGGGUCAGGGCUCAGAUCCAGUGAGCCCGGGCUGGGGUCGGGAUCCAGGACCCGAGGGCGGGGUCUGGGUCGGGCCGUGGAGUCGAGGUCCGGGGUCGGGUCUCGGAGUCCGGGUCCAGAGGGCCGGGACGGGGUGGGGAUCAAGGGCCCGGCGGCGAGGUUCAGGGGCGGGCUCCAGGGUCCGGGGCUGGGGCCUGGGACCAGGACCUGGCGGGCGCAGUCGGCACCGCCCCGCGACCCCGGCGCCGCGCCCCGCCUCCCACAGGCGGCGGCCAUGGCGGUCAGGCGGGUCCCGGCGUCAGCGGGCGCCGCGCUCCGGAGGCAGCCGCCCGCCGCCCCGCCAGCAGAACCUCCCCGGGUCGGAGCAAAGUUCCGACAGCACCUCAGCUUCACCCUCUGCUCCUCUUCCGAGGGGGACCGAGGCGGCUCCGGGCCCGACUCGCAGGGAGGCCCGAAGCCGACGGCGGGGAUUCUGGCGAGCGAAGAGUUAACAGCGGCGGAGCGGCGGAUCGCGGAGCUUCACGAGGCCGCCUGCGCGGCCGGCCAGCUGAACUAUGAGGACCCGGCUACCGGCUACCUGGUGCUCACACAGCUGGCACACUUGCAGAGAGGCGAAUGCUGCGGCUCCGCCUGCAGACACUGUCCGUAUGGUCAAAUCAACGUUAAAGACCCAUCUAAAAAGAAGCAAUUCAAUUCAUAUUUUUAUGUUUGACAACAGUCUCAUCUCUGUUCUCCAUCUAAUUGAGCCUUAUUAAAAAAAUAAAUAAAAGCCUAAUCCAGGAUUGCUUUCUGUGCUGUUAGCACUUGAUAACUAGCAUAAUCAGAAGUCCAUAUACGAAAAGAACAUCAAUAAAAUGAAAAAGCUAGCAAA